GCAGGAUGGGGGAGCCCUACAGCAAGGCAGAGACCCUGGCGCUGCGGAGGAAGUACAUCGGGCCUUCCUGCAAAGUUUUCUUUGCCAAGGACCCUCUGAAGAUAGUGCGUGCUCAUGGCCAGUACAUGUUUGAUGAGAAUGGGGAAAAAUACUUAGACUGCAUCAACAACGUUGCCCAUGUUGGUCACUGUCAUCCGCAUGUGACAAAGGCAGCCACAAAACAGAUGGAACUGCUCAAUACCAACUCUCGAUUCCUGCAUGACAAUCUGGUUCAGUAUGCUCAGCGUCUCACAGCUACCUUGCCAGAGAAACUCUCUGUUUGCUAUUUUGUUAAUUCUGGGUCUGAGGCAAAUGAUCUUGCUUUACGACUGGCUCGGCAGUACCGCGGGCACCAAGAUGUCAUCACCCUUGACCAUGCUUACCAUGGCCACGUUACCUCUCUGAUUGACAUCAGUCCCUAUAAAUUUAAUCAGCUGGAAAAAGAUAGCAAGAAGGAGUUUGUUCAUGUGGCUCCCUCUCCAGAUAUCUACAGAGGAAAAUAUAGGGAAGAUCACCCAGAUCCAGCAAGUGCUUAUGCUGAAGAGGUGAAAAAGAUUAUUGAACAAGCACAGAAGAAUGGGCGCAAGAUUGCUGCCUUCAUAGCUGAAUCCAUGCAGAGCUGUGGAGGCCAAGUAAUUCCACCGGUGGGCUACUUCCAGAAAGUGGCACAAUAUGUGCAUGCAGCUGGUGGCGUAUUCAUAACUGAUGAGGUCCAAGUUGGCUUUGGAAGAGUUGGGAAACAUUUUUGGGCUUUUCAACUGCAAGGUGAAGACUUUGUGCCUGACAUUGUUACCAUGGGAAAACCCAUUGGCAAUGGCCACCCUAUGUCUUGUGUAGUCACAACAAAGGAAAUCGCAGAAGCUUUUGGUGCCUCGGGAUUGGAGUAUUUUAAUACAUUUGGAGGCAAUCCAGUGUCUUGUGCUAUUGGUUUAGCUGUAUUAGAAAUAAUAGAAAAAGAAGAUCUCCAAGGAAAUGCUACUCGUGUAGGAAAUUACCUCCUAGAACUGCUGACUGAACAGAAACAGAAGCAUCCCUUAGUGGGAGAUAUCAGGGGUGUUGGAUUGUUUGUUGGAGUAGAUCUGGUGAAGGAUCGGCAAAAAAGAACACCAGCCACAGCUGAAGCCCUUCAUCUUAUUUACAAGCUGAAAGAACAGCAAAUCCUUCUUAGUGCAGAUGGACCCCACAGAAAUGUACUAAAAUUUAAACCACCGAUGUGUUUCACUAUGGAAGAUGCAAAACACGUAGUAGACAAAAUUGAUGUACUUCUUACAGAAUUGGAAGCGGCAACUGGAAUGAAGACAGCAAAUGACGCAUCUACAAAUGCACAGAACAGAAGAAAAGUAAAUGAAGGAAAUUCCCAAAUGCAGUCUGUUAAUGAAAGCAUUGGCCAUAUCAAUGGAGCUGCCUGCAGACAAGAAAAUGGUUUUUACUCUGAUAAACACUCAGUGCCAAGUAAAAGAAUACAAACAUGAAGAUGAGAAACUUCCAUCUGCAGUUUAAAAUUGCUUCCUGUUUGCUAUUGAGACAACGAGUGCAAUAGUCUGAGUCCUAUAAUCUGUCUGAAGCCUGGUCCUACUUUUCUUAAACAGUUUACAUUCCUACUAGGUUCAUUAGGAAUUUAAAAUGCAUUUUUCAGACACAUGAAAACUGCACCACAAACACAGAUGUGACAGAACUGACAUGUGAUACCUAAUUUCAGUUCCUCGGUGCUGACUAAAGGUUUGACAUAGGCACAAAACACUCAGUGAAAUCUGUGGAUUUACCAAUGUUACACAGAACCUGAACCACAGCUUAAUUACCAUGCAAGCACCUAUUAACCUAUUAUGCUUAACAUGCUGUUUUUAGAAUGUUUUAAAUUUCAAUAUGUAAUAUUGAGAUGUUAAUUAUCUCCCAUGUUUUAAUGGCUCAAUUCACAAAACAGUGCUUGAGAGGGAAAUCAUUUUUAUCUUCCAGUGUGGCUUCAGGUCCUAUGGACCKUAUUCCCAGCUGAUGUAGAUUGGUGUAGCUUUGUUAAUGGCAAUGAUGCUCCACCAAGAUCUACCACAGAGUGCAGAGAGACACAAUGUUUAUGCAAGGCACCCUCACUUCCUGUUCAGAGGAAAUGAAGAAUUUGGAUCAUAAUUUUCUAUGGAUAAAGCAACUUUUAUACAUGACUAUUUAUACAGAGUAAGAUUUUAUGAAUCUUUUUGAAAGUUUAUAUAUUGAACCUUCUCAGUUCACAAAAUAUGCAGGCAGGGUACACAUAAUUUCAGAUACACUGGUUGAUUUUUGUCUGCAGGUCUCUCAAAAAUGAGGUUCCCAGGGACAGCCUGACUCACACUCCUCUGGCUUUCAGAUGUUUUGAAAGUCAAAGGAACUACUGCCUCAACCUUUCCCAACAGCGCUGCUACUUUUCAUCAUUGCAGAUGAAGAGUCACCUCCUGGUUGCACGGGAUCCUGAUAUAUAAUUGGCUAUACUAAUUUUGAUAGACUACUUUUAUGAGGGGACCACCAAAUAGCAUAGGCAUGAAACUGCUUUGCAGCCUCAAUCUAGCUGUGCUGCAGAUACCUUCAACUUCCUUGCAGCCUUGUUAGUGCUAAAUUUCAAUGAGAACAGUCAAGCCCUGCUUUUUUAAACGCAUGUCCUCACUCUAAGAAAUGGACUACGGAUUUUACAAAUGGUAUGUACUUCAAGGAAAAGAUAAAAAUAUAUCUCCUGCUUAAUUUUCCUAUCCCAAGUUCUGCUCUUUUGUAAUUGCUGCUCCAGACUCUAUUGAUAUGACUGAAAAUUGAGCACCUUACCAAGCUUUGUAUUGUUCACCACUUGCCAUAGUAAUGUUAAUGUGUAACGGUGUAACUUCUUCCAACACUGUCAGGCUAGCUUAUUUUCUAUUUCAUGAUUUUUACUAAUUCCCUCAAAUAAACCUCU